AUGUCGGGCCCCGGGCAGCAGGAGCCGCCGCAGGCGGGCGGGCCGGCGGGCCCCGAGGGCGCGGACGCGGCGCUCGGCGAGGCGGGGCUGAGUUUCAGGACCAGCGACCUGAGCCUUGUGGAGAUGACGGAGAUCGAGUACACGCAGCUGCAGCACAUCCUCUACUCGCACAUGGAGGCGGCGGAGGCCGCCGGCGAGCUGGAGACGCGCGUCAACUCUUGCUUCCUGGCGGCGGCGGCGCCGGGCGCAGCGGCGGGGGGCUUCGCUGCGGCCGUGGGCGCGGCGGCGGAGGCGCCGCCCGUGUACCCGGUGCUGUGCCCUGCGCUGGCCGAUGGUGGCUUCGCGGACGCCAACCAGUGCUUGGGCCACGUCGACUUCCAGGAGCUGCGCAUGAUGCUGCUGAGCGAGGCGGGCGCGCCCCGCGCCGCCGAGAAGACGCCGGGCGCCGGCGCAUUCCGGCCCAAGGCGCCCGACGGCGCCGGCAAGGAGAACGUGGAGGGCGCGAGCGAGGUGCGGGCCAAGUCGGCGGUGCGCGUCCGCCUGGAGGACGGCUUCAACAGCAUAGCAGCCGAGCCCCCGCCAGCCCCGCGCGGUGCGGAUCCCCCCGAGCCUGGCAUGGCGCUCAACCAUUUGGUAACUCUUAUUCGCCAUCCAUCCGAAUUAAUGAAUGUUCCACUUCAUCAGCAACAAAACAAAUGUAGAACAUUAGUGAAAAAUAAAACAGCUGCUGCAACUACUGCUCUUCAAUUUACAUACCCUCUGUUUACUGCAAAUAGUUGCUCUACUAGUGGAAAUUCUAAUCUUUCACAAACACAGAUGGGCUGGGGGCCGUCCCGCACCCACUUGUCCUUGCGCACCAUCCCCAGUUAUCAGGUGUAG